AUGUAUAAAAAAUUAAAUAUUUCUUAACCAACCUAAGAUUCAACAAUAAAUAUAAAAAUAAAGCUCGUAAGUUACAAAGAAUAUAAGUCUAAGUUAUCAUAAAAAUAGCAAAAUAUAGAAUAAAAGGAUAGUGAAAUGAUUGAAAUUGAUAUGGAUCUUGGCUAGGUUGAAAAUGGAAUUCAAUAGCUAUAAAUCUAAUAAAAAAUUAUCAAUUUAAAGUACUUCUAUCAAAUUUAAGUUAAGUAGAUAGAGCAGCAUUUGAUAAAGAUGAUAAAAUCAUAAAAUCUUUUGAAUAAAAAUAAAUUAGGUAAAAAACAGUGAUAUACUCAGCAUAAAGAUGUAGGAGAUAUAUUUCCUAAUGAAUUUAUAAUUAAAUUCAAGUUGAAAGAUCAAAAAAUAAAAAUAGAAAACUUUUAAGUUUAAUAUAACUGUUGCUUAAAGAAAUGGUGAACAGUAAUGGGUAAUAUCAUUUCUUUAAGGAAAAUAAUUUCGAUCUAAUUUAGAAGUAUUGAAAAAAAAUAAAAAGUAAAACUUAAUGUUUAAAAAUUAUAAGAUCUAUUUAUAAUUUAGGUUUAUAUCUAAGAGACCAAUGAAUUUUAUUUAAAGUUUUCAAAAAAAUAGGAUAGAGCCUAUGAAUUAAUUACAAAAGAAAAUUUAAUUGAUAAUUUAUAAGAGAGUAAAUCAUUAUAAAAAGAUAGAGGGGAUAAAUCAUUAUGGUAGAGAAACAUAAGUAAAUGGAAGAUAAUCAAAAAUCAAUAAGAAUUGGAAUUUUGAAAAUGAAAAAUAAUACAUAAAAUGCAAAUGUCCAAAUAUCUUGAACUAAAAGGAAACAUAAAAUUACUUUUAAAAAAUAGAUCCUGUUGAAAACUUAAAUCACUCUUAAGAAAUCAUACAAUUAAUUAUGAUAAAUCUAUUUUGA